AUGGAAUGCGACCCCAGGGGGCAGGUCCAGAGCCGUCAGUGCAUUGAGGCCGUCAUCAAAUUCGCCUUCGAGGAGAGGCUCUUCCUCAUGGCUGACGAGGUGUACCAGGACAACGUGUAUGCUGAGGGUUCGGCCUUCCACUCCUUCAGGAAGGUGCUGACAGAGAUGGGGCCGCCCUACCUGGACUCGGUGGAACUCACCUCCUUCCACUCCAUCUCCAAAGGCUUCACGGGCGACCCCUCAUGGCUCGGGGUGGACAGUGUAGACCUCGACCUCACAGAGAGUGAACUGCUCCUCCCGGCCCAGGAUAGUGACGGUGACGGGUGCCCUAUUGCUACGCGCCUAUUGCUGCGCGCCGCCCUCCGCUCGCCCUGCGCCCCCCUGCGCCUGCUCUGCCGCGACUUCCACGCCGAGGAGCUCUCCGUCUCCACCGUCGUCUCCCUGCUGGACUCCCUGGAGCCUGCCGCCGUCCGCAGAGUUGUUUCACGCUUCAACAACCUGGGGCUGGCGGGGCUGUGCGCAGUGCUGCCUCACCUCGGCCGCUUCCCCGCGCUGCGCAGCCUCAAGCUGCCCUACAGCAACGUGGACGUGCGCCGCACGGCCCCGGGCACGGACGCCGGCAUCCGCUGCUUGGCCGCUCACCUCCGGGCCCUGCCUGCCCUCAAGGAACUCGAUUUGUACUCCUCCAGGCUUUCUGGGAGACUCAGGCAGCUCCUGGGCGAGCUGCAGACUCCCCUGGAGAGUCUGGCGCUGGCCUUCUGCUGCCUGCUCCCCUCCGACCUCAUCUUCCUGUCCUCGAGCCUCCACGCGCCCUCCCUGCUCCAGCUGGACCUGAGCGGCCACAACCUCACGUCCCCCAGCCUCCUGCAACCCUUGCGGACGCUGCUGGAAGCCGCUUCGUGCUCGCUGCUGCAGCUGGAGCUGCUGGAGUGUCAGCUGGGGGACACGGAGCUGGAGCUGCUGCUGCCGGCGCUGCGCCGCUGCCGCCGCCUGCGCUGCCUCGGUCUCCUCGGCACCCCCCUGAGCGCGGCGGCGCUGGGCGGCCUGGCCCGGCCCUGCGCGGCCCUGCCCGACCUGCGCCUCGUGGGCUACUCGCAGCCGCCGCGGGGCUCCGGCCACCACACCCCCACGCAGGGGGAGGAGGGUUUCCCGGCGGAGCUGUGCCGGCUGCUGGCGAGCGCGGGUAGAGCAGACGCCGUGUGGGCGACCAGCCUCCAGCGCUACGGAGCCAUCGACUACUUCAGCUUGUAGCAUCCCCCCCCCAGGGAAGCUUCACCUCGGGGCGCUGUGCCGGGCUCUGGGCUGUGCCACUCGGUUAUGGUGAGUUCAUUAAAGCCAACCCCACCUUGCCCGAUUAA